UUGUGGGAUUUUUUAAAAAAAAGAUUGCAUUAAUACAUUAACGUAAAAGUUAUUUAAGCAAACAUGACGUGGGAACCGCAGGCAGAAGGAUUGCAACAAAUAAUCACGAUUCUGAAAGAAUCUCAGUCUCCAGAUACAGCCACACAAAUGGCAGUACAAAUGAAACUAGAGGAAUUGAAUCAAUAUCCAGAUUUUAAUAAUUAUCUAAUUUAUGUAUUAACCAAACUUAAAACUGAGGAUGAGCCUACACGCAGCUUAAGCGGCUUAAUAUUGAAAAAUAAUAUUCGGAUACAUGGCUGUAAUUUGCAACCAGAGAUUGUUGAAUAUAUUAAAUUUGAGUGCCUACAAGCGGUUGGUGAUCCCUCGCCUCUGAUUCGAGCAACAGUCGGUAUUUUAAUCACAACUAUUGCCAGCAAUGGUGGCUUGCAAAAUUGGCCACAAUUAUUGCCAUCCUUAUGUGACAUGCUUGACUCACAGGAUUAUAAUGUGUGCGAAGGAGCUUUUAGUGCGCUACAAAAGAUUUGUGAGGAUUCUGCGGAAAUACUUGACUCAGCCGUACUAAAUCGACCCUUAAAUAUUAUGAUUCCAAAAUUCUUACAAUAUUUCAGUCAUAGUAGUCCGAAAAUACGAUCUCAUGCUAUAGCUUGCAUAAAUCAAUUUAUUAUCAAUCGUUCUCAAGCUCUAAUGGUGCAUAUUGAUUCGUUUAUAGAAAGCUUAUUUAAUUUAUCGUCAGAUGAUGACCAUGAAGUGAGGAAGAAUGUAUGUCAUGGUUUGGUUAUGUUAUUGGAAGUGCGCAUGGAUCGAUUGCUGCCUCAUAUGCCACAAAUAAUUGAGUACAUGAUGAUACGUACACAAGACACGGAUGAAGGUGUUGCUCUGGAAGCGUCUGAAUUUUGGCUUACUCUAGCGGAACAAAGCAUAUGCAAAGAAGUGUUGGCUCCUUACUUAGCACAGUUGGCUCCAAUUCUUGUACGUGGUAUGCGUUAUUCUGAAAUAGAUAUAAUUUUGCUAAAAGGAAAUGUUGAGGAGGAUGAUAUGGUGCCAGAUCGAGAAGAAGAUAUACGUCCACGUUUUCAUAAGUCUCGCACACACACUGUUAAGUCCGGGGAGUCUGGACUUGAUGAUGAUGACGAUGAAUUUGACGAUGGCCUUGACGAUGAUAGUUCUUUGUCUGAGUGGAAUUUACGUAAAUGUAGUGCAGCUGCUUUAGAUGUCUUAGCAAAUGUUUUUAGAGAAGAAUGCUUACCCAUUGUAUUGCCCAUACUAAAAGAUACACUUUUCCAUCAAGAGUGGGUAAUUAAGGAAAGUGGGGUGCUUGCACUAGGUGCAAUUGCUGAAGGAUGCAUGCAAGGCAUGAUACCACAUUUACCUGAAUUAAUACCAUACUUAAUUACUUCACUUUCGGACAAAAAAGCUUUGGUGCGUUCUAUUACUUGCUGGACUUUAUCUCGUUAUGCGAACUGGGUUGUUAAUCAACCCCAUGACCAAUAUUUAAAGCCAUUAAUGGAAGAACUUCUGAAACGUAUACUUGAUUCAAAUAAAAGAGUGCAGGAAGCAGCAUGCUCCGCAUUUGCAACACUGGAGGAGGAAGCAUGUACUGAAUUAGUACCUUACUUGGAUUAUAUAUUGAAAACAUUAGUUUUUGCUUUCUCAAAAUAUCAACAUAAAAAUUUACUAAUUUUGUACGAUGCUGUUGGUACAUUGGCCGAUUCCGUUGGUCAUCAUUUGAAUAAGCAACAAUAUAUAGAUAUCUUGAUGCCACCAUUAAUUGACAAAUGGAACUUGUUAAAAGAUGAUGACAAGGAUUUGUUUCCACUGCUUGAAUGUUUAUCUAGUAUUGCUACAGCACUCCAAUCUGGAUUUCUACCAUAUUGUGAUCCUGUUUACAGACGCUGUAUCUCACUAAUAGAGCAAACUAUCAAUCAAGAUAUGGUUUGUAAAACAAAUCCCGGUUUUGAUCAUCCCGAUAAAGAGCGUAUGAUUGUAGCACUAGAUUUGUUGUCUGGA